AUGAUCGUGGCACACACACACUGUUUUCAUUGUGCAAAUGCAGAAUGUGGAAAGUGUCGGAGUAAAUGCAAAGAUUCAAAUUCAAAUGAACGAAGUGAAUUAGACAGUGGUUCUGCUAAUGGAAAAAAACAUUCAGUAAGGAAAACUAAUCGGCCAUACUCAAUUCUUAGCUUAUACACUACAAAUAGAAAAGACGGAAAUGCUAUUACAAGUGCAACAGUCACAUGUCGGAAAUGCUCAAAAGAAGUGUAUGAUGUAGAAAAAAUAUUAGCAGGUGAUCAAUGUACCAAUAUCAGUGGAUUGUCGAGAAAAUUGUUCAUCAACUCUUUCAAGCCUGGCAUUAUAACAAAUACUUUGUUUGCGAAGUUUGCAGAAAAUUACAAGAACAGUAUGCGUUCCAUGUGGCAUCUUAUAUUGCAAUUCUUGCGAAAAAAUUUUGAGCUUCUGUGCAAAUUCGUAGCGAAGGGCUUCAAUGAUAACUGA